CGACUUGCCCUGUGUGUCAUUAUGUUAUCAGUGUGUGACGAUGGUGUGUGGUGGCGGUGAGCGCCGGUGAGGAGUGGUGGACAGUGUCAUGUAGCAGCCGCCGGGAGGCAGUAGACUCUAUGUGUAGCACGCAGCGCGCGCGGGUGUCGAGGAUGCACCUGACGGGCGCCAGCAGCGGCGCCGUGUCGCCCGACACCAGCUCCACGCUCCUGCACGAGACCUACACCAAGAUGACGUCCGACAUCCUCGCCGAGCGCACGCUGGGCGAGUUCCUGUCGGAGCACCCGGGCGAGCUGGUGCGGACAGGCAGCCCGCACUUCGUGUGUACCGUGCUGCCUCCACAUUGGCGGUCGAACAAGACUCUGCCGGUGGCGUUCAAAGUGGUGGCUCUGGGCGACGUGGGCGACGGCACGCUGGUGACGGUCCGCGCUGGCAACGACGAGAACUGCUGCGCCGAGCUGCGGAACAGUUCCGCCGUCAUGAAGAACCAGGUCGCCAAGUUCAACGACUUGAGGUUCGUCGGCCGCAGCGGUCGCGGUAAAUCGUUCACACUGACGAUAACAGUAUCGACGACGCCGCCGCAAGUCACCACGUACAACAAAGCUAUCAAGGUGACCGUGGAUGGACCGAGGGAGCCGAGAUCUAAGACCAUGCUCUCUCUCCUAGGGCAGCAGCAGCAGUUCCACUUCGCCUUCGGACAGCGCCCCUUCCCCUUCCCCCCCGACCCGCUGGGGGGCUUCCGCAUGCCGCCCAUCACUACCUGUCAAAACAUGAGUCAAUUCGGUCUAAGUUCGAGUAACUCGCACUGGGGCUACGGCGGCGCGGGCGCAUACCCGGCGUACCUCCCGUCGUGUGCGGCGCCCGCAGCUUCGCAGUUCAACCCGCCAGCACUCGGGUUUGCCGGGUCAGUGCCGGAUCAGACGCCCACGCAGGACUUCACGGCUAAUAAUACAGUUCUUCCGGACACGACAGGCGUGGACCUAGACCAGCAGUUGUCUGGUCUAGUAGGCUCGUCCCCCUCCCACCACGGCAGUCUGCUACCGCGCUACAACAACAACACCGACUACAGUCUGUCGACGGGUCCGCGGUCACUCAGCGACAACAGCUCGCAGCCCGAGUCGCCAGUCCAGGACGAUUUGCUCACCUCCAACACGUCCACGAACAUCGGCCACAAUCACACAAACAGCUCAAACUUCCCCUCGCUAAUGGGAUCUCAAAACACUUCGUACGGCGGCAGUAACUGCAACAACUCGCUGUACCCCGUCCUGCCGGCGAGCUUGCUCUAUAGUCAGCUAUAUACCGCCGCCAAUCAAACACACAACUUCCACCCGCUACAUUCAAACUCGAUACACUCGACGCAAAACCAUCACAAUGAACUACAAACGAUGAUGGACCAGAUAUCAUCGACGACGAACAAUCACAGACAACACGGGAAUCACGGACAAGACUUGCUCCUAGGCGGCGGCAAUUCUUGCGCGGCGGCCGCAGCCAGGGGCGAGGACGGCCGGGUGAAUAAUCUCGGACAAAGAGGUAAUCCGCAGCCAGACAGCAACACAGUGUGGCGACCCUACUAAACAAUGUGAUGCUCUUUUAUUGUACCCGUACGAACAAUACGUGUUUGUAGAUAUAACGUCUGUGUCGAUACCUCGGGUAUAUCGGUAGUGUGUCCAUUUUGUAUUUUUCAUGUGACGAAAAGUGGUUUUACACUGUUUCGACGUUUCGACUCCUGGUGAAAAUCGUCGUAGGAUGAAUAGAUUGAGGCUGCAACGAAAUAGAUUUUCGAUAACGAAUUAAACACUAAUUUGUAUGUAAAUUAAGAGAUACAGGUGAUUCGAUUAGUUGAAAUAUGUAUGUACCUAGAUCCAAAGUUCACUCCCGUCCUGAAUUUAUACGAUUUUGUUUAUAAAAAUAAUAAAACUAGAACACUUUGGUCAUAGUCUGGAUUAGACUAGAAAAAUAUUUGGAUACGAUAUUGAUGUAAGUAUGUGAAAUGGAGAGAUGAUUUAAAUAGAUCUCAUUACUCGACCUGUGUUUUUGAAAAUAAAUGCGUAAUGGAACCCCGCAUUUGAUAGUGUGUAAAUUAACAUUUAUUUUACUGUUGGCCAAAAAGUAUUGAUCAUUACUAAAACACCAAAGAGUUUAUUUGAAGAGCAGAUCAGUGUAAAUUAAAAAAUAAAAUGGGUUAGCCAACAGAAUUUGUAGAGAUUGCAAGAUGUAAAAAGGAUUUUACUAAUUAUAUAUGUCUUUUAAUGGCAACUUGUAAAUAAGAAGUGUGAAUACUAAUUUGUUGUAAAUGCAUCUUGUAAAGUGCUAUAGAUGUGCAAUUAUGAAGUUGAGUAGAUGUAUACAUACUUAGUUUUAAGACUAUCUGUUGAGUAUGUGAACUGUCCAUUUGUAGAUAUGUUUUCUUUAGUUUUGUUACAAAAUUAUAAUGUCUAGUUUGCAAAUUUUCAUAUUGUUAUUUCCUAAGUAAUGCGGCUUAUUGUUUUGCAUGAUGUCAAAACAUUAGCGAUGAAAUAGAUUUAUUUUAAACUGACACCAAAAUUCAAAGUUGUUUACUUUUAAAUGGUUUUUUAAUGUUUUUAGAAGGCCUUCCUAUAUGUUUAAUAUAAUCUAUAAUUAUAAUACUUUGUGCAAUAUAAUUAACAUUGGAUGUACUUCGUAACGUUGGUUUAAAUUGCAUAGCAACUCAUUUGUCGUUCUCGCUUCACGUUAUAAUUAUUUCUGUUGACUACAAGUAGAGGAAUUCAUUUUACAAUAAAUAAAAUCUACAAAUUC